AUUCCAUAACAUUUACUUUCUUAGCCCAAAAUCCUCUCUCUCACUCUCUCUCUCUCCCCCUGUUUCUAAGGAGUUCUGUUUUUCUAGGCUCUUUAAGUUGAGCUUGGUUUUUUGCUCAUAUAUUCACGUUAAGGAGAAAAACAAAAGAUGGGAGUCCUCGACCAUCUGUCGGAUUAUUUCACAGUGGACAGGCCAAGGAAGAAACGAAAAGCAAUGCAGACAGUUGAAAUUAAGGUGAAAAUGGAUUGCGAUGGCUGUGAAAGGAGAGUUAAAAAUGCUGUCUCGUCCAUGAAAGGAGCUAAACAAGUGGAAGUGAACAGAAAGCAGAGCCGGGUAACGGUGACGGGUUAUGUGGAGCCGAACAAGGUGUUAAAGAAGGUGAAGAGCACAGGGAAGAAAGCCGAGUUCUGGCCUUAUGUGCCGUACAACCUGGUGGCUUAUCCAUACGUGGCACAGGCAUACGACAAGAAAGCACCGUCGGGUUACGUGAAGAAUGUUUUUCAAGCACUCCCCAGUCCAAACGCACAAGAUGAAAAGUUCGUCACCAUGUUUAGCGAUGAAAAUCCUAAUGCAUGUUCCAUCAUGUAAAAUAAUCAAUAUAUCAUUAUAAUUAGCUAAGAGUAAUUAUUUAUUAGAAGCAAUUAAGAGAUAGAGUACUAUCUUUUUUUUUUGUUAGUUAGGAUGAGAUGUUUUAUGCAGUGGUGAUUUGUUUCUCUGAGUUUGACUUUAGUUGACUGGGCGACAGAACUUUCUUUUUUGUAAAACUUGGUAUGAUGUGCAUUAAUGAUAUUAAUCUUUUCCUUUU